GUCGUCUCAGGCAGAUAUUCCUGUCACGCUUUUUGUGACAUUGUUUGAUGCAUUUUACUCCUGUCACGAGGUUAUUUUAGGCAUUUGCUACUUGAUCCAUGACAAUUCCUCCUCUAGUCGUAUUUGGGCCCUCGGGUGUAGGCAAAGGCACUCUCAUCAAUCGUCUCAUAAAAGAGUUUCCAAACUCUUUUGGAUUUAGUGUCUCUCAUACUACUCGCGCUCCACGUCCUGGUGAGAUAGACGGCAAAGCAUACCACUUUACCACAACCGAUAACUUCAAGAAACUCAUCUCUGAGGCCGCUUUCAUCGAGCACGCCCAAUUUUCGGGCAACUUCUACGGCACCUCCAUACAGGCUGUACAAGAUGUCGCAGCAACGGGUAAGCGGUGCAUCCUUGAUAUUGAAGUCCAGGGCGUCCAACAGAUCAAGAAAACACCCCUGCAUGCCACAGUCGUCUUCGUCUCCCCACCCUCCAUGACCGUGUUGAAUAAACGCUUGCGUGGUCGCGCCACAGAUUCUGAAGAUGCCAUCCAGCGUCGUCUCGCAAUCGCACGUAGAGAGAUCGACUAUGCUCGUCAACAUGGCUCAGUUGACUACGUGAUCGUCAAUGAUGAUCUUGAUACAGCAUAUCAAUUGUUAAAGAGAAUUGCAAACGCGGAGUUAGAUGUGAGUGGGGAUCAGAUGCCUCCCUUGGAUGAUUAGAAUUUUAUAAAUUUAUACCCUAACCUUAUCUGUGCGGAGAUGAUACCAUCAAUAUUUACAUCAGAUGUGCAUGUACUAUGUUGAUGAUUGCACUGUAUUGCUAUCGAAGCGAGUUUUCAGAUGCUGAUGCCGUAAUUUUCGUGUUUGGCUGCAUAUUUUUCUUUGAUUCCAUGAUUCCAUCCCACUCUACGCGAGAUUAAUCAC